AUGAUUACGGCUUUUUUUAUAUUCAAUCAGAAGGGUGAUGUCAUUAUCUCCAAGCUGCUCCGGGAGGGAGUCCGGAGGAAUGUGGCCGAUGCGUUCCGGAUCCAGGUGAUAACCAGUUCGGAGGUACGGUCUCCCGUUCUUACUCUUGGGUCAACCACGUUUCUACACAUCAAACACGGCUCGCUGUGGAUAGUGGCUGUUACGCGAUCGAAUGCGGAUGCCAGUCUGGUCUUCGAGUUCCUCAACAAGUUCCUGUCGCUUAUGUUGAAUUUCCUCGGAACAACUGUGUUGGAUGAAAACACAGUCAAAAACAAUUUCACGUUUAUUUACGAACUUUUGGAUGAAACCACCGACUUCGGGUUUCCUCAGAACAUGGAGAUCAACGGACUGAAGCAGAACAUAAGCGUUCCCGUGGCGUACGGAUCAUCAGAUUUUCUGAGGAGAUCAUCUGCUGUUCCUUCCAGUGGCAUUCCAGCGAGUGGUUCAGCCGGUGGGUUUCUAGCACGAGCUGGUACAUUGAGAAGGCGGAGUUCGGCCGCUCUCUCAAGUCCAAACACAUCGGCCGGAGCCGUUUCCUGGAGACAUGCGGGAAUCAAGCAUCGGAGAAACGAGGUGUUUCUGGAUGUCUUUGAAGACGUGAGUCUUUUGAUGUCCGUUAACGGAACCAUUCUGAGGUCCGUGGUGGAUGGAAGAAUAAUGAUGAACAGUAAACUAUCGGGAAUGCCCGAAUGCUCUUUUGGUUUUAACAAGCAGUCACAUGGUCAGACGUCUGCUCAGGAUGUCUUGAAGGACUGCAAAUUCCACCAGUGUGUGGAUCUGCAGACUUUUGACCGUGAUCAGCUUAUCAAAUUCAUACCUCCAGAUGGAGAGUUUGAGCUCAUGACAUACCGAGUGGAGGAUGUUGAUCUUCCAUUUAAAGUGAAUGCCUCGGUCACUACGUUUGCAAAUAAGGCUGUUGAGUACUCGAUAUCAAUCUCCUCAAAUUUUCCGGCAAAAGUCGGAAGCAGUAUGGUGGUUAUGCGCAUUCCAACUCCACCUGGAACGAUCAAGGCCCACAUCGGCAAGUUGUCCAGUGGGAAGGCUAAGUUCAUUGCCCAGGAAAACCUGAUUGAGUGGAAAAUCUUCCAUUUCAACGGCUCUGUGACUCAGACAUUCAAAGCGUCUGUUGAUAUUGCUUCUGUGGGCAGUCAGGAAAGCCUUCUCGCAUGGGUAAGACCACCGAUCUCGGUCAACUUCUCGGUCAAAAUGCACACAUUCUCUGGACUCUUGGUGAAUUUCCUCAAGGUCAACGAACCGUCGGGCUACAAUGCUGUGAAAUGGGUCAAAUAUCUGUCUCAGUCAAAAUCCUACGAAGUGAGAUAUUAG